AUGAUUUAUUGGAUAAUUUUUCUAUUAGUUUGUUUAAUCAAAAGACAACAUAAAGCUCUGUUUAUAAUAUGUUUAACACCUAAAAUAGUAAGUGAUAUAGAAAGCCAAGAAAAUAGUUCAACGUAUAUCGAUCAACGUGUAGGAGAUAAUAUAGAAAUAAAUAUAAAACAGCCUCGUUAUAGUAUAUGGUUUAAUAAAGAAAUUAUAUGCUAUUCAAUAAGUGUUUUAUUAUCAAUUACACUUCUAGGACUUUCUAUUUUUAUUAUUUUAAAAGGUUUUAACAUAAUUUAA